AUGAGUCCGUUUCACCCCGAACGUCUGACUGUGCUUUUAGUGCACUUUCGACAAACAGGCAGAGCUGUGGUCGACGGACUGUAUUCCGCUGAUGUCGAGGUGGCGCAAGCUAGGAGACGUGGGCACAACGACAAGUUUGCCAAGCUUCACGAUGCCGCCCGUAACACAGGGCGACUAUCUGUCGCUGCCUACAACGUGAGUGCUGCCACCUCGGGUGCCAUCGGUGGCACUGGAUCCACUUCCCAUGUCGUAUCAGCGACGCAGAUAAUGAAUCCUCACCAAUUUAGAGACGUUGCACAGUCUGUGUCACUCUGCAGUGCAGGCGGCCUGCUUCUACGAUACGAGGACGUAGACCUCGAAGCAGUGCGUUCGUGUAUCAACACCGACAACCUAAUUGAAGAGAUUACUUCCUAUUCGCAGUCUGUACACUGUUACGUAAGUUGUGGCCGCGUGGCUUCUCGGGACGCGGCAGUUGCAGUGUCAGCUGCAACUCUCUUGCGCUCGGAACCGGCGAUUUGCCAGCUCAUCCUACCAGCCAUCGAGGUGGCAGCCAAUGAACUCAUCACGCCACUCUUUGAGCAAUGUCGCCACGUUACCGUGCCCAUGGUGGAAGCCAGGGUGAGAAAGGACUUCGCCCUGCAACCAGAUCCAGCUCAGAUACUACGUGCUGCCAGGCAGAUGAUGCGUCACCUCGCCGCCAAUGUGUCGCAUAUCAACUUUCAUAAAGACGUCUCUGAACACCUUGUCAACAAAGUCACAAACCUCAUUUGGAACAGUCUGAUAACCGCAAGCCAACAGGAGAAGGAGAUGGUGGAGUUCAUUGUGAAAUUCGUUUUAAGCAGAUCAAUAUUCCUGUGUAUAGCGUACAUAGAAAAGGCCGUGGCUGAGCGAGUAAGUAGAGAAGUGGAAAAGAAUCUUGAACCGGAUGUGAUGAUGCGUCAGGAAUUGGGACCUCAGAGGUUCCUGGAACAGGUCACCGCCAAUUAUCAGAACCUGCCAGAAAGCAUGCAAGCACACCCAUAUGUUCUUCAACCAUUGCCUCCACCAUCCUACGAGGAGUUCAAACAAUCGGACCCUGGAUUUGCUUCGUCGACUACUUUCCUGUCUCCUGGCCACAUCGUCCCAGCACAACCGUCCUCCCAGACCCAACAGCAGAUUGUGCGACGUGCUACUGGUGUACUGACCCAACAACCGACGCCCAACACCGUCACUAUGCGCUCAACACAACAUCAACGGCAGCAGCAGCAGCAGUUGCAAGAAAUGGCUCUAGCAUUUGCUGGGCAACUGCAACUGCAACAACGCCAACCCGAGGCUCAGCAGCAAUAUCUCCAACGACAUUCCAGUACUUCCGCAACCUCACAUCAGAAACAGUCUGAUGGUGGAUUUCGGAGUUUCAAUGGCUCUAUUUUUAGCGACCGGGGUAUCCAACUGUCCCGCGGGGCUUUGAACGAUCGCUACUUGGAUUUCCGUCAUCGACUUCUUUGCUGUCUCAUGGCCGCAUCGUCCCUGCACAACCCUCCUCCCACACCCAACAGCAGAUUGUGCGACGUGCUACUGGUAUGCUGA